CAAGUGAAACCAGGAAAUAAAUAGCUCUCGAAGACUAUUUUUUUUCCAAGAUGAGUUUGACGAAAUGUUGACGGCAUUGUUUGAUGCAUUUCUGCUGCCUCACACACACACAGGAGCUUCAUAAACACAACACUUGCGCUUCUUCACACCUCAAAAACCCCCUUUUCGCGUUUGGAUUAAUACAGUUUAAUGCCACAAUCAGUGCUUAACUGUGGAUGAAAUCACAUGGAGGUGCUCUCGUUCUCACAUGACAGGCUCGACUCAACCAUGGCAGGAGAGAUCAGUGAAGGCUCAGUUCCUGCCUAUUACAGGGAAGUGUAUGAGGCCAUCCGCUGUAGGACAGAUGAGAGAGUGCAGGUUGAGGUUUUUCAGCGGCUGCUCCAAAGGACCGAUCUCUCCAAGGUGGUUUUAAACCAGAUUGCUGAGCAUGUUGACUCCACCGAUGGAUUCCUGAGCAAACUGUCACUCUAUAAAGCGCUCGCUUUGAUUGCCUUUGCUCAGCAGGGAAAGCAACCAAGCCCUAAACUCUUGGAGAACUGCAUACAAGAGUUACCGAAACCUCAGCUUGGGGAGCCGAGGGACCUGAGCGCACUGAGGAUGAAGCCGGCUCAGGAGGACGUACUGACAAUGUCGCAGACGCUGGACGAGCUUCUGGCGAGAGACAUGGUCCAGGUGGAGCUCAUUCCCGAGAAGAAAGGCCUGUUCCUCAAACAUGUGGAGUACCAGGUCACCAGCCAGCGUUAUAAAAUUUCGGUUUACCGUCGUUAUAGUGACUUUGACGUCUUCCAUGAGGUUUUGCUUCAGAGAUUUGCCUACAGAGUGGUGCCAGCGAUGCCACCUAAAAGGAUGUUAAAGGGAGUCCUGACCUCUGUCUCUGAGCGGGAAUUCAUUGAGGGGAGAAGACGUGCUCUCGGCAGAUUUAUUAACUUGGUGGCUCGGCAUCCCUUCUUCUCAGAGGAUGAGCUGGUCAAGACCUUCCUCACCUUCAGCGGCUCUGAUGUUCAGACUAAGCUGCGUGACACUUGCAAGAAAACAGGUGACGAGUUCAUGACUAACAGAGUCGCAACUCAGGCGAAGGAAUAUCUCCCAGCUGACAUUCAGGCUCAGUUUUCGACGAGCAGAGAGCUGAUUAGAAAUAUCCACAACAGCUUCCAGAAGCUGCGGGACAGAGCUGAGAAAAUGGCAGAGCGCUCAAAGGAGAAUGCAUCUGAUCUCCUCAUGUUUGGCAAAGAGCUCAGUGCGCUGGGCUCAGAUGCUUCGCCUCUUCCCUCCUUGGCCUCUUCACAAAGCACCUGGGGGACCCUGCGUCAGUCUCUGAAGAGCCUUUCUGUGGAGCUCACUGUGCUGUCUGACAAAGCUGCUCAGCAGGGCAGACGAGAAGAAGAUGAUGUUGUGGAAAAAUUGAAUCUUUUCCUGGAUUUGCUGCAGUCGUACAGGGAUCUCUGUGAGCGGCAUGAGAAGGGCGUGCUCCACGAGCACCAGAAAGCACUGCACAAGUACAGUGUGAUGAAAAGGCAGAUGAUGAGCGCCACUGUGCAGCCCAAAGAGCAGGCAUCUGUGGAGCAGCUGGAAUCACGAAUUGUUCAGCAAGAAAAUGCCAUCCAGACCAUGGAGCUGCGGAACUACUUCUCCCUGUUCUGCCUCCAUCAAGAGACACAGCUUAUCUUCACCUACCUUCCGAUCACCUCCCACAUUCUUGGAGCUUUCGUUAACUCCCAGGUCCAAGGACACAGAGAGAUGGGGGAUGUUUGGAAUGAAUUGCAGCCGAAGCUUGGGUGUCUCUUUGGUGGCAACAACGGAUUGAAACACUCCUUCUGAAGCCUAAAUGUACACGAGAUGCUGAAGAGAAAAACGGGCACCGAGGAUUGCAAACUGGAAAAUAAAAAGCUCUGUGAGCCACAGGAGAGAGAGCUCAGCUUUUCCAGUUAGAGAUUUGAUACGUUAUGUCUGAUCUUUGCCCGUAUCACCUGCAAGGGACAGCAGGCUCAUAAAUCACUUUAUGCUCUGCUUCGAUGUAAAGUUCACUUCACCAUUAACUUUUUUUUAUUAUUUGAAUAUGCCAGGAAAACUCUCUGAAGCGUUAUUUUACAAGGGAUGCAAGACCGGUGAAUCAAGUUCUGCAUUCUGCCUGAUUAGUUAAAGCACCUGUAAGUAAGAAGUUUUCCACACUAAAAUAGUUGAAACAAGCAGAAAAAUUUAACUUUAUUCAAAGAGAGGAUUAUUUAAAAUCUUACUGUUCUUGCUGAGUAACAGUGUAUCAGUUUGUUUUACAGGUUUUAGUUUGUAAGGAUGUAUAGCAGUAUACUUGAUUUUUUUUUUUGUUCUAUUCCUGCUUUUUGUUAUUAUUUACAUCAAGUUUCCUGAAUUAUUUGUACAACCCCCAGUUUUGUUUUAUUUUAUAAGCUAUUUCAAACGUCUGAAACUUAAAAUGUAAGAUAAUAUGAAGGGCAGAAUUAAGAUCUAUGAAAGAAUAAUGUCUGGCACUAGUGGCAUAAUAUGUCAAUAAUAACACUAUAAGCUACUGAAUUACUACCAAAGACAAAGUUGCCUAAAUACACUCCUUUGCUGUAAAUAAAAGCAGGUCUCAUGCAUAGCUACAGUUUAACAUUCAUCACCUUUAUUUCUUCGCCCAACACAUCAUUUAUUAUCAGGACAAACGCAGUCUAGAUUUCUUUCACAUACUGUUUUUCUACUUUUUGUAUUUUAUGGAGGAACUCCAACACUGUACAUACAGCAUGAAAUCGCCUUAAUUUUUGGAACAAGCUGCACAGAAUAUGAAACCUAUUGAAUUCAGAACUGCAUAAACUGUGAAUAUUUUACUGACGAGAUGCUUCCUGAAUUACGCUGAAUCGGUUAUUCUCAAAAUAAAAUGUGAAAAAUG